CCGGCGGCGCGUGCGCAGUGCGGGCCUGCGCGGGGAAGAUGGUGCUGACCAAGGAAUUCCGAGUGGUUUUACCUUGCUCAGUGCAAGAGUAUCAAGUCGGGCAACUUUAUUCUGUGGCUGAAGCUAGUAAAAAUGAAACAGGAGGUGGUGAAGGAAUUCAGGUCUUAAAAAAUGAGCCUUAUGAAAAGGAUGGCGAAAAGGGACAAUAUACCCACAAAAUCUAUCAUUUGAAGAGUAAAGUUCCUGGGUUUGUAAGGAUGAUUGCUCCAGAAGGCUCCCUGGUGUUCCAUGAGAAGGCUUGGAAUGCAUAUCCAUAUUGUAGAACAAUUGUGACAAAUGAAUACAUGAAAGAUGACUUCUUCAUAAAAAUUGAGACCUGGCAUAAACCAGAUUUGGGGACAUCAGAAAAUGUGCACAAUUUGGAUCCAAACACAUGGAAGAGCGUUGAAGUUGUCCAUAUUGACAUUGCAGAUAGAACUCAAGUAGAACCAGGAGACUACAAAGCUGAUGAAGACCCAGCAUUAUUCCAGUCUGUUAAGACCAAGAGAGGACCUUUAGGGCCAAACUGGAAGAAAGAGUUAGCAGCUGAUGAAGACUGUCCUAAAAUGUGUGCUUACAAGUUGGUGACUAUCAAAUUUAAGUGGUGGGGAUUGCAGAACAAAGUUGAAAACUUUAUCCAAAAGCAAGAAAAAAGGAUAUUUACCAACUUUCAUCGCCAGCUGUUCUGUUGGAUUGACAAAUGGAUUGAUCUGACUAUGGAAGACAUUAGGAGAAUGGAGGAUGAAACACAAAAGGAGCUGGAAGCGUUACGUAAUCGAGGCCAAGUGAGAGGAACAAGUGCUGCCAAUGAUGAAUGAUGAUGGAUUUAACCGUCAAAUGCAGUGUUGAUAUACAAAUGUGUGUGUGGAUGCAUGAUUAUUUGUAUAUAAUUAUAUAUACGCACAUGCAUACUGAAGGGGGUUGUUACAGUGUCUCCAGGGUACUAUACCUAUCCUCAACAAAGAUGCAAAGGAAACUGCUUUCAUUAUGUAUACCUGAAGCAAAUAAAAAAUCAACUGAGUAGUGUCAUUUAAAGGAUGAAUUAACUGCAGAAUUAUGCUAACUGGUAUGUUUCAUGAAUGUCAAUACUGGACCAAUUUAUUCCGUACUUGUUUUUUUCCUGUCUUGAGUCAUUCUGCUAUAACUUGCCCAUAUCUCAUUGUAAAGAAACAAAUUCAAAAAACAGAUUCAAUUUUGUGUCUUCCCUAUGUGAUUAUUUUUGGAAUAGGAACAAUGAAUGUAUUUAUAGCUAUUUAUUUCUGGGUUGUCAUUAUCCUAUAGUCAAAACAGAAAUUUUCUUCUAUUAGUGGAAAUUGGAGGACUUUUAUUAUUGAAUGAGUUUGACUCAAACUUUACCCCUUCACUGAUUUGAAAAAAACAAAAAACACAUUUUAUUGGACUUUUGUACAUUGAAAUGCUGAUGUUUUUUCUUCAUUAAAAUUGGCAAGAUUAAGGAAAAAUGGCUUGUGAUUUAUAAAAUAAUUGUGAUUUGAAAACUUCUAGAAACUAGCUUUUUAGGCAAAGCAACUGACAAUAUUUAUAGACUCUUUCAAGUAUAUGCUAGGCCAUGCAGUAAAAGUGUGAAGGGAUUGCCCUUCUCUAAAGUAACACUUCCUGUUAGUGAAAUUGCUGUUUUCCAAAGUUUCAGUUUGGAAACUAUGCAAAUGGUCUUGAUUUCACACACAUUACGCAAUGGAAUAUAAUUGUGAUUUUUAGCUCUUUUCAUGUUGAAAAUACACUUUAAAAGAGAUGUAUACUUUCAGAUAUGAUGAAAGUUUAAAAUUGUAGCAUCUGACAUGUUUCUCUGAUAUUUGUUAGGAGUAGACACAUAAAAAGAAAGAUGAUAUAAUAAAGACCUCUUGUAGAUAACUCUUAAAUAGGAAAAUGUCUUCAGCAUUUUUUAAGAAAAUAUUCAGAUAGAGCAUAUCAUAGAUGUAUAUUAUCAAAAAGCUUGCUAGAGCAGAAAAAUUAUUUUAGAAACACUAGUUAGAUAAAGGUCUAUUAAUGCCUAGUUUCCUCCCAGCAUCCCCAGAAACCUCUGUAGGGCAAGCCUUGCUUUAAGCAUCCAGCUCCUUUCUAAUCCCACAUACAUCCAAGUAUUUUGGAAUCAUGGUUGACUUAAUUUGCUUACAAAAGGAGUGGUCUGAUUUCCAUUACAGUGACAAAAUUUGCCUGGACUCCAAGAGUAGCAGGACCAGGUCUGCCGCAUGACUCGCCCUGCCAGUGCACCUGCCUGCCUGGACUGCCAGGCACUGAAGUGUCUGCCAACGCGUGGACAUAUUUUUGUGCAUCUCUCCAGCAUAAUUUCACCCUCUUACCUUCCACACAGCAAAGUUAAUCUUUUUCCUGUAUGGAUUAGCAGUUUAAAUGGAUGUUUCCUCUCUGUACCAUCAGGAGGUUGGUUUUGUAAAUAUACAUACACAUGUGCACGCACACAGACACAUGAUUUUAAAACUGUUUGCUACCAGGAGGGCUGUUGCAAGCCUGGGAACCUAAGGGCUCAAUUCUCCUUUCAGUGCUGGAAUGUAAGUUCCACUGUCAUUAAUGUAAGUCAUAAUGGAAACUGAGGGAAAGGGACCCUACACCUUUCAUGUUUUUGGACUAGUUGUGACAAUUUGAGAGAAUCUUGUAGUGAAUGUAAAAUGUUUAGUUUACUUUGGCAGUCUCUGGUGUGACCUACAGUAAAACAGUCAAAUUUAAUUAAAUAAAUUUGAUCAUAAAA